AGUCUUGACUGCAGACAUCGUCGAGUAGCAACCAGGAUGCGCAUCAAUAUGAAAAGAAACCUUCGCACUUCUGCAAACGAUUUAUCAUCGACAGACUUGUGACCGCUCAGAUCAACACGCAAGGGAGACCAGCGAGCAAAGAACUGACGUGACAGUUUUGUUUUCUGCUCUUCAGCACUUUUUCUUCUAAAAAUCCAUCUUCAGCCUCCAACGUGAAGCCACCAUGUCCGGGAAGGAGCGCAGCCCCCGCCACCGGCCGUGGUCGGUCUACCGGGCCAACACGUUUGAUCUCUCAGCUGAGAUGAUGGGGCUGGCUCUCUCGGGCAACAGUCAGGAUCCAGACGAGCCUGUGCUGGAGUUUAGUGUGGCCUGCAGCGAGCUCGUCACUCCCUCUCUGGACCGUAAGCCAACCAGCUUCGUCGCCGUCAGCUGCACCACACCGCCCCAGGCCUUCUGGACCAAACACGCUCAAACUGAAAUCAUAGAGGGCACCAGUAACCCAAUCUUUCUGAGCAGCGUGGCGUUCUUUCAGGACUCUCUGAUCACUCAGCAGACUCAGGUCAAGCUUUCAGUCUACGAUGUAAAGGACCGCACACAGGGCACGAUGUACAUGCUGGGUUCGUCCAUGUUUUCUGUGAAAGAGCUGCUGCGGGACAAACACCACAGACUGCACCUGACUCUCAGGUCAGGGGAGAACGAGCGCGUUGGGAACAUCACCGUCAUCGCCUGGCAGAUAGAGGAGAAGCGUGAGCAGAGAGCUCCUGUUGCGAGGUUACAGAGAGGAGACACUGUUAAUGGACGGAUGGUUCUCCCCGUGGAUGAAAGCCUGACUGAAUCUAUGGGCAUUAAAUCCAAGUCUUCAUCUCUGUGUAAAGACCCGCUGCUAAAGGCUGUGUUCGGUGGCGUCAUGUCACGGACGUAUCGGUUCCCCACUACGGACGGUAACCACCUCCGCAUCCUGGAGCAGAUGGCGGAGAGUGCGCUCUCCCUGCACAUCCCUCGACAGUUUGUCAAGCUGCUGCUGGAGGAAGAUGCCGUCAGGGUGUGUGAGCUGGAGGAGCUGGGCGAGCUGUCCGCGUGCUGGGAGAACCUCAGGAGGCAGAUCAUCACGCACUAUCAGACCAUCAUCCUCACCUACCAGGAGACCAUAAGCGACCUGCACGAAUACAAAGGUCCGUCGUUUAAGUCGAGUACGUUGAAAGCUGAGAGGAAGUUAGAGUUUAUUCCUACUAACCUGCACAUCCAGAGGAUGAGAGUACAGGGAGAAACUGGCUAUGACCGAACAUACGAUGUUGUGACUAUUGGUGCUCCUGCAGCACAUCAUCAAGGCUUUAAAGGCUGCGGCCUCCGAAAAAUGCUGAACAAGCUCGAAGAAGCCAGGAAACACACUUAUGAGGAGGAAAGCUCCGCUGGCUCUGGCUUUAAAGGAAUGACGUACCAGCCUCAGGAUGUUGUGAAAGCGAAGGAGCUGAUUGGUCAAAUAAACACUCUAAAGACACAAGUGUGCUACUACACCGAGCGUCUGUCUCGAGCUGCCAAGGAGCGCUCAGCUAACGCUCUGGAGAGAACGCUGGCCAUCCUGACGGAGAAGACUCGCCAGCUGGUGACCGUGUGCGACUCCAAGCUGCUGUCCUCAGCCAUCCUCGCCCUGGCAGCCGCCCGCCCAGAGUCCACUCAGCAAAGCACCCCAUCCCCGUCCUCCUCCUCCCUCUCACCCUCCUCUCGCUCCCCUUCACGCUCCCCCUCCCGCCACCCAAACUCCCCGUCUCGUGCUGCCACCUCGCCCUCCCGCCAUGCAGCUCCUCCCGAGGGCAGCGACGGGAGUAAAAACAAGCGUGCCUCCUUGCAGGCAGAUUUGCAUGAGGAGGAGUGGGAGAAGGUUUGGCUAAAUGUUGAUAAGAGCCUGGAGUGUGUGAUUCAGAGGGUGGACAGACUCCUGCAGCGAGACAAACUCCAGAGUGACAGCAGCUCUGAAGAUGUCUUCUUGCUCGCCAACGAGGAGCCGAGCAACACUAAGAAAGAUAUCAGCCCAGAUGUAGAAAAGGUAGAGAAGACGUCUCCAGGUGAGUGGAGCGAGGCUCUGUACCCGCUCCUCACCACGUUGACGGACUGCGUGUCUUUGAUGAGCGACAAAGCAAAGAAGGCCAUGGUGUUCCUGCUCAUGCAGGACAGCGCCCCCACCAUCGCCAUGAGCCUCCCCCUGCAGUACCGCCGUGAUGUUGUCUUCUGCCAGACGUUGACGGCGCUGAUCUGCGGCUUCGUUAUCAAGCUGAGAAACUCUCUCUGUGACUCGGGCUUCCUCAGACAGCUGCACACCAUCGGCCUGCUGGUGCAGUAUGAAGGCCUCCUCAGCACCUAUGGUGAGGAGCUCGCCAUGUUGGAGGACAUGAGCGUUGGAGUGAUGGACCUGAGAAAUGUCACAUUUAAAGUUACCCAGGCGACUACAGCCUUCUCCCCGGACAUGCUGCCAGUGAUCACAGGAAACAGGAGUGGCUUCAAUGUCAGGGUCCCGAUGCCCGGGACGAUGUUCGACACGCUGCCACGAGAGAUCCAGAACGGGAUGCUGCUGCGCGUGCAGCCCGUCCUGUUCAACGUGGGGAUCAACGAACAGCAGACGCUGGCUGAGAAGUUUGGAGACACGUCACUACAGGAGGUGAUCAACAUGGAGAGCAUGACUCGCCUCAGCUCGUACUACGACCAGUUUAAAGAAGUCCUGCCAGAGGACAGCCUGCCUCGCUCCCACAGUACCACCAGUCUGCCCGAUCUCCUCAAACAGCUGAGCCAGAACGUGAAUGCCAAGAAAAACAAGAACGUAGAGAUUCUGUGGCAAGCAGCCGAGGCAUGCCGCCGCCUGAACGGAGUGCGUUUCACCAGCUGCAAGAGUGCCAAGGACCGCACAGCCAUGUCCCUGACCCUGGAGCAGUGUCAGAUCCUGCAGCAGGAGCACGCCCUUGCCCCGCAGGUCUUCUACCAGGCUUUGGACUGUAUGCGCAGUGAGGGCUGCAGGAGAGAGAACACUAUGAAGAAUGUCGGAUGUCGUAAAUACGCCUUUAACUCUCUCCAGCUCAAGGCCUUCCCCAAACAGUAUCGCCCUCCAGAGGGGACCUAUGGGAAAGUCGAGACCUAAGUGGACUCCUUGAGGAAAACCAAAAGACUGACAGGGAUAAUGAUGAUAGCACCACACAGAAAAACCAAACACAAACUGGAACAACAGCCCUUUGUUUUGUGCUUAGUCACUGUUAAGAUGAUUAAUGUCCAAGUGCCAGUGCCACUGUAGAUUGUUUUAUAGCAGUUUCCCCUCUCCUCAAGUAGGACUAGAAUCACACACUUUUCUCAGCCAGAAACAGUAACGGGGGCUCUUUGUGUUACAUCAUAGCCAGUGUGCAGACAACACUGUUGCCUGCUAGUCCAGUCGUAGCACCAGGAAGCGUUCAGCUGAGUCAUUUUAACUUGUGUCCCUAGAGAUAAGACAUGCAGCCUUUAGAAAGAUGA